GGAAAUGAUACCAGGAAGUUCUAUGAACACUGAAUCCUCAGGCAGAAUUUAUCACGCCAGUUUUCUUUGGAGUCUGGAGGAAAUCUGCAGUUUCUGGUCAUGGAUGAUUUUGUACGUGAAAAAUUAACUGAAUGGGGUCUCAGAAACUUGAUACAAACAUUUAAAGAUCAAUACAUUACAAAGGAAAGUCUUUACCUUCUCAUUGAGAAAGACAUUGAUGAAUUGAUCCCAAUAACUGGACAAAAGGCAAUCUUCAGGAACAAACUCCAGUUGCUAAAGGAGGGACAAAACGCAACCAAUCAGAGGAAUGAAGAAACAGCUGAGGCUGCUCAGGUUUCUCCCCACAGAAAUAAAGGAAAAAGAAAGACGUUGCCUGAGGAGGAGACCGGCCAACCUGGACCAAUGAAACGACAUCGUGAAACCACAGCAGCAGAAGUUACACUGUCUGAAGUGAAAGAGAUCAUGAAGAGGGUUGAGGAUGGACUACCUAAAACAGAGCUCAAUGAUUUUCUAUGUGAAAAGAUCCAUGAUUUGGAGACAGAGAAGAAGGAGGUGGUUGGUGUCUUUGGUCGAACAGGAGCUGGGAAGAGCUCCUUGAUAAACGCCCUCAUUGGAGAGAAGAAUCUCUUGCCCUCAGGAGAUCUAGGUGCCUGUACAACAGUCAUCAUUAAGGUGGAAGCUAACAUGAAGAACAAGAAGUAUGAGGCAGAGAUCGAAUUCAUCUCUAAAGAGGAUUUGGAGGAGGAUUUGUGGGGCCUGAAAAGAAUCGUCCUGAGUGAUACAGAUGAUGAAGAAGAAAAUGAAGACAAAGAUGAAAAUGACGGUGGUGGUGAUGUUACUGAUGUCACUGAUGAGGAUGUUUAUAAAGAUGCAGUAGAAGUUCUGUCAACGCUGUAUGGAGCAAAAUGGAAAGAAAUCUGUGCCGAAGACGCUCUCAUGAACAAGAAACAUUUCAGAGAAAUUCCAGAAUUUUUUGAGCCCGGGAAAAAGGUCUUGUCAUCCCUCUCACCUGAAAAGCUCUCUGAAGAACUCGUCAAGUACACACGAAGUGCCUCAGAGGGUGAAGACACUAGGAGGGGGUUUUGGCCUCUGGUGGAGUGUGUGACUAUCAGGGUGCCAAACAAUGACUUCCUCCAGCACGUCACACUUGUGGAUCUACCUGGAGCUGGGGACCGCAAUAAGAGACGAGAUAAUAUGUGGAAAGAGGUUGUUGGUAACUGUUCCACUGUGUGGGUUGUGGCAGAAAUUAACAGAGCAUUAGCAGAGAAAGAACCAUGGGAGAUUCUGGAAAAUGCCAGCAGUGAUAUGGGAAAUGGUGGCCAGUGUCAGCGCAUUGACUUUAUCUGCACCAAGUCUGAUGAAAUUACUAGGUCAAGAGGCCAAUCAGCAGCUGAUGUUCGCUCUGCCAUAUUAUCCAGGAACAAGAGAGCCAAAGAAGAACUAAUGAAAGAGUUCAGGAAAAAAAAAACCCUUCGGAAACAUUUCAGUGAUGAAUGCUUCAAAGUGUUCACAGUGAGCUCCACAGAGUUUCAGGACAGAGAAUGGUUAGAUCCUGCAGACACUGAGGUCCCCAAACUAAAGGAACUUUUGCAACACCUCAGUGACUGUCAAUCAGAGACAGAGACACUGAACUAUGUGUCAGGAGCCAAAGGGAUUCUGUCAUUAAUUCAAGGAGCCCGUUAUGGAGAAGUGUCUGAGGAUAAAGAAAAGCUGCACACAGUCCUCAAAAAAAACUUGACACAUGGACUUGGAACAGUGUCAGGACCCAUACAAGAAGCCAUAAGUGCUUUUGAGAACCAACUUAGGAGGGGGGUGGAUAAUUCCAAAAGUACAUGUGAUCGCACCUUGGAGUUCUUCUUAAAGCUUAAGGGAAAAGGAAAAGGACGUGGUUUUCACAGGACAUUAAAGUGCGUAGUCAAAAACAGCGGGGUCUACAAACCAAGAAAAGGGAAACAGCUAAACCUCAAUGAGAAGUUAGCUUCAAAGCUGAAGGAGAGCAUUGAUGAGGAAUUCCGGAAGACAUUCCCAAACGAAUCAAAAAAAGAACCAUUCAACGGGGCCAUCGGUUCCUUUUCACUCAACACAGAGACACUGGCUGAGCAGUACGAGGAUGGAACUGGGAUGCAACUGCGACUGGAGUAUCUCAGUACAGAGGAAAUGACAAUGAAGACAAAACUCUUCAAAGACAUCCGAGAGUGUAAGAAAACAAUCUACAACAGCCUGACAAUAAUGAUUGAGAAACUAAUGGAACCAUGCUAUAAAAACGCACAGCAAUGUGAGGGAAAAGGCUGCCUUGACAAAAUGAGGAACAUAAUAAUGGAACAUGUUGAAGAAAACAAGGAAAGCAUGUUUGAGGAGGUGAAAGAUAAAAUCCUGGAAGAUCUGGAAAACCUUAAGGCGUACAUCCUGAAGGAACUGGAAAAAGACAUGCUGUUGGCAAUUGAGUAUGCACUCAGGAUGUAUUCUGAGUCUUUUCCAGAUGUUGAAGAGGACCUUGAGAAAGUGACUGAAUACUAUAAAAAACUGAAGAACACCACUGAAGGAACAUCAGCAGCAAGGGCUGAUCAACCCGGUCCAUCAACUGCAUGAGUUCACUAGAUGAAGAGCAGAACAGCUGUGGUCUGUUUUACCACUGAGGAUCCUACUGAUCAUCAUGUUGUUAUUUCUUCUCUUUCAGUGUUGUUUCUAUGUGUAAUUGAGUUUGAUACUGUGGGUUUUCUACAAAGAUGUUACUUUAGUGACACUUUUGGACAGUCGGACACCCGAAAUAGUUUAAGGGAGGGAGUUGUUACCGGGGAUGUUGUGGUGUUCAUAUUUAGGAUUUUUACUUUCAUUUCAGCUCCACAUCAUCAUCUUACAUGAUUCGGCAGUUUUCUAAUUCUUCAGUAUGUUUAACGUAAUGAAAUCUUAAACCUUACAGUCAAAACUUUUGGUUUGAUCUGACUUGGAUUUAAUACUUUCAAGUGGCUGAUAUUGAUCUGUUUUUCUACAAUGAUUAAGACCAAAUUCAUUGUUUUCUGUGUUAGUAGCUUUACCUGUGUGAUAAUAUAACAAAUAGACGUUUGUAUUAACAGACCAACUUACAUGAUUUGCACCGUUUUAUUUUUAUCCUUCACUGGUUUAAAUGUGCUUUGCAUGCAUUACAAUUUCAUUAAACAAGGUUCUGGUGUUUUUUUGUCUUUAUUGUGAAUUCGGCAUAAUCAUGAAGCAACUGCCCAAAAGAUUUCCAUGAAAACUGAAAAGGCUGCAAGAGCACAACAGAUGUUUUUUUUAAAGCGAUCAAACCCAGAAAACAUGUUAAAUGGUUGAACUACUGCAUAUCCAGUCAUCACAGCAGAGGCACUCCAGACCUUUGGGGGCGCUAUAUUUAACAGCUGAGGUUUUUAGGGGAGAAAGAACAGAAAUUUACUGAUUUUGAGACAUGACUGUUUGAAAAGUCUAAAAAAUGACUCUCUAAGUUCUCUCCUCUCGCCCUUGACCUCAAACAAAAACA